AACAGUGUCAGUAGUACUUCCGGUGCAUCUCAAGGUCAUUGAGGAAACGUUCACAUGUGUGAAGUCCGUAGAGCACCGGGUAAAGUGUAGCUCUAGCUUAGUUUAUUAUUCGUUAUUUAUUAAAAAGACAAAAAGAAACUUAGUUUUAAAAAAGAUGGAUAGUUUUGGAUCAGAUUUUUCCUCCGGAUCAGGAACUGGGAAGAUGGACACGGGCGCCAUUAUGGAGCAGGUGAAGGUGCAGAUAGCGGUGGCUAACGCUCAGGAGCUGCUGCAGAGAAUGACGGAUAAAUGCUUUAAGAAGUGCAUCGGCAAACCAGGCAGCACACUGGACAAUUCAGAACAGAAAUGCAUUGCCAUGUGCAUGGACCGGUAUAUGGAUGCCUGGAACACAAUUUCUCGCGCCUAUAACUCUAGACUCCAGCGGGAACGAGCGCGUAUGUGAUGCGUGCAUUCAAGGUUGUUCUGCCUCACUGUGACUCGGAUCCUGGAUAAAGAGGCUUUGGGCUGAAAGCCAUCGGAGGAACUAGGAAGUCAUGAGUUUUAGACUCGGAACAUCUUUCAGAACAUUUUUCUUCAUUCUGUUAAUGAUUGGUGGACAUUUUGCUUGAUUUUAUAGAAUCACUGUAAUAAGCUUCAAACUUCAAAUGUUGUAGGUCUAGAAAUGGAAUGAAUCGAGUUUGAUCAGUGUUUAAAAUCCUGUCGUAAGUGUGUGAGCAUGUUUAGAUAACGCCGGUUUUUGAUUGGCCGUGACUGAGCGGAUUGUUAGUCAGAUGAAGCCUGUGUGCACAGUGGCGCUUCUUUAGUUGGACUUGUCCUCGUGUGGACGCUACACCCUCCCGCCGGGAUCGCCGAGUCGUCUCGUCUUCCCGUCCUCCGCGCCACAAACCUACUUCCUUUCACCAUGGACAAUUCAGGACCGUCUCUCUUUUCAUAACUGUAGCCUCUUCGCGAGGACGUGCCACACAGCCCUACUUUCUUACCUGCGCCGAAACAAAAUGCAAUUGUCACAGGCAGAUCCCGGUUUGUCACACAAUCUCCUGACUACAAAAGUGGGUUUGUUUAAAUGCUGAUCACUUCACCAUGGAUCCUGCAAUAAAAGCAGCUUACAUUG